AGUGCCUCCGCGCGGAGUGGGCGGGAGGCGGCGCUGAGAUGAGUCGGGCCCUAGCACCGCCGCCGCCGCCGCCGUUACGGAGCUGAGCGCGCCGAAGAGUAUUUCAGGUGAUGCGGGAGACGUCACUGUCGGGCUACUCGUCCUGCCAUUCCUUUGACUGCUUUCCGGAGUAAACAACACCUGCUUUUGGACUUAUGUUGACCAUGAGUCUUGUCAUGAUAAGUGAGAAUGUGAAGCUGGCUCGUGAGUACGCCUUGCUGGGAAAUUAUGACUCUGCAAUGGUCUAUUACCAGGGAGUACUUGACCAAAUGAAUAAAUACCUCUCUUCUGUCAAAGACACAUACCUCCAGCAGAAAUGGCAACAGGUUAGGCAGGAGAUAAGUGUAGAAGCGAAGCACGUGAAGGAUAUCAUGAAAACACUAGAAAGCUUUAAAUUAGACAGCACACCUUUGAAAGCUGCACAGCAAGAAUUACCGGCUCAUGAUGGAGAAGUUUGGUCCCUGCCUGUACCUGCCGAACGUAGAAAUUCACCAGGAGCCAGGAAACGUCAGUCUGCUCAUUGCAGUGAUUGCAGGAGCCAAAAUAAUCGAGCGAGUGCAGCGCCUAAAGUCUCCAGCCGUCCCUCCUCCCGAAGCUGUAACGAUAAAGGCAAAAUAAUCCGUGGCCGGGAAAAGAAGGAUCCGCAGAAUAAAAUGAAAGAAGAAAAAAAUAAGCCCUCGUCUGACAUUUCAGAAUCUGAGCCAAAGAAAUUUGAUAGCACUGGAUACGACAAAGACUUAGUAGAAGCUUUGGAAAAAGACAUCAUUUCCCAAAAUCCCAAUGUUCGAUGGGAUGAUAUAGCUGACUUAGUGGAAGCUAAAAAGUUGCUCAAGGAAGCGGUGGUUUUACCCAUGUGGAUGCCAGAAUUCUUUAAGGGGAUUAGAAGGCCUUGGAAGGGUGUUUUGAUGGUUGGUCCUCCUGGCACUGGAAAAACGCUGCUUGCAAAAGCUGUAGCUACUGAAUGCAAGACAACCUUUUUCAACAUAUCAUCAUCAACACUUACUUCAAAAUACAGAGGAGAAUCUGAAAAACUUGUUCGACUUCUAUUUGAAAUGGCUCGAUUCUAUGCACCAACAACAAUAUUUAUAGAUGAAAUUGAUUCUAUCUGUAGUCGCAGAGGAACCUCUGAGGAGCAUGAAGCCAGCCGAAGGGUGAAGGCAGAAUUACUCGUUCAGAUGGAUGGUGUUGGAGGGGCUUCUGAAAAUGAUGACCCUUCCAAAAUGGUUAUGGUACUAGCUGCUACUAAUUUUCCAUGGGAUAUUGAUGAGGCCUUACGACGACGGCUGGAGAAGAGAAUUUAUAUUCCUUUACCAUCAGCCAAAGGUAGAGAAGAACUUCUAAGAAUAAGCCUGCGAGAGUUGGAACUUGCUGAUGAUGUUGACCUUGCCAAUAUAGCACAAAAUAUGGAAGGUUAUUCCGGGGCUGACAUUACUAAUGUGUGCAGGGAUGCUUCACUAAUGGCUAUGAGAAGGCGUAUUGAAGGCUUGACACCAGAAGAAAUCCGAAAUCUUUCCAGAGAUGAAAUGCACAUGCCAACCACAAUGGAAGAUUUUGAAAUGGCUUUAAAGAAAGUUUCGAAGUCAGUCUCUGCUGCGGACAUUGAAAAAUAUGAGAAAUGGAUAUUCGAAUUUGGAUCAUGCUAAGCCUUCCUACCUUGACAUAUCUGCCUUAAGUCUUCAAACAAUUCCAGAAGUAAUUAAAAAGUAGUGCAACAGGGCACUGAGUACUAUUUUUUAACUUUUGUAAUUACAGUUAACAGCAAUAAUAUCCUUAAUAAAGUUAGUUUUUUAA